UUCCUCCUUCAGAUCCCUUUUCAUUCCAAAGUCAACCAUCUAACGAUCUCCAAUCAAGAAACUAGAAGAAAGAUCAUUCGAUGCUCAGAACCCUUUAUUCAAUUACCCUUUGCUAACAAAUUAAACAAGAAGAAGCAAUAUGGGAGCACCCCUAAGGCUCAUUGAUUCUGCACUUUUCAUCUACUUCCUCAUUAUAGCAAUUGCAGUUCCACUUAUUGAUGGCCAAACAAUUCUUCCUAUAGACCUAUAUCCCAAGUUCUUGAUCGAGUUAAAGAGCUGGUUCUUCAAACAAAUUGACCACUAUCUGGUUUUUGAGAUGCCUUAUUUCUAUGUUGGAAUUGCAUGGUUUGAGCUUCUCUUCCAGUGGCCAGUAGCUUUGAUGUGUGUUUAUGGCAUUGCAGCUGGAAAAUCUUGGUUCGGUACUACGUCUCUGAUUUAUGGUUCCUCCUUUUUGACUAGCCUGGCUGCAAUACUAGCAGAAUUGAUAGGGUCAAAGAGAGCAUCAGAGAAGCUGAUAAGGUUUUACUACCCAUUCUUGGGUUUUGCUGUUCUUUCCUUUGCACGUGGUCUGCUACGAUAUUCUGGCACAUCUGCAUCAAUUGGCAAACAGCUGUGCUGAACAAGAAGAAGAAGGCUUAGAUUCAUGGAAAAUUGAGAACGUCAAACAAUCGAGAUCAUUGAUAAGAUUCCAGGGUCAGAGUGCAAUAAUUUAGGUUAUUCAGAAAAUAAAUGUCAUGCACUAGAAUUGUUAAAGUUGUUUUAAGUUUCCAGGAAAUUAUCCUUUUUUUUUUUGUCGACACGAUAGAAAAAUUCGGCUCCUACUUCUACUCUAUAUUAAGGGGGAGGGAAUGGGCCCAAAUGGGUCAAGGGAGAAUCGGAGUGGAUUGAAUCAUCACCGGACCAAACGAAUAUUUUUGCACCUGUUGGUGAAACUUUCAGAAAAUCUUGGAGAUGAGUGCAAGUCUCCCUUGACCUGCACCCAAGAACGCUCUUCCUGGUGGUGGCCGACUACUCUAAAGGUGGCAUUUUCAGGUUGCAAUACUUGCCGAAUUCAUGGGGUCCGGGAGAGCAUCACAAAAGUUGUUUAGGUUUUACUACCCAUUUGUGGGUUUCGCUCUUCUGGCCUUCUUACGGGGUCUGCUUCCAUAUUCUGGCAAAAUCUUCAGCAAUCCACCAAAGGCCUGCAUUGAGUACGAAGAAGAUGGCUUAAAUCUUUGAAUAUCCAAGAUAGGAGUAGGACCAUGCUCAUUAUGUAAUUCCAGAGUAUGGGGCUAAGAAAGUAAAUAGGUUCCUUAAAUUUCAAGGCUUCAAUAAUUUAGUUUACUAGAAUUAAUGUCAGUUCUCUAAAUAAUGAAUGUUUUAUUAUUAA